CAAAAAGGGGGCAGCGGCUCAUUGAGUGGCUCAGUUGCAAGCGGUGCGGCGGCGGCCGGCGGGCACCUUGGGAUUGGCUUGGCUUGGCUUGGCUUGCUGCGUCCCCGCGGAUCUUAACACCCUUUAAACUCUCUAAGCACCUCUGUUAAAGCCACCGGCAGACCAUGCCCUCUCUAUGACGGUUACUUGUUAAGCUAACUCUGCAUGCCAGAAGACUGUCCUUGGUUGAUCCAAGGGCUUUUGGGGAUUCCAGCCUCUCCCCAGUUUUUCUGUGUGUGUGUGUUCCUCUAGAACUUUCAAAACUGUUUCUCCAAAGGGUUUUGCAGAAACUUAGACUGUUUUCUAAAGCAGAAGCACCUCAGUCCACAGCAGUAGUGAUGGGCAGCGUGCGAACCAACCGCUACAGCAUCGUGUCUUCGGAAGAGGACGGCAUGAAGCUGGCAACCAUGGCCGUCGCCAACGGCUUUGGGAAUGGCAAAAGUAAGGUACACACCAGGCAGCAGUGCAGGAGCCGCUUUGUCAAAAAAGAUGGCCACUGCAACGUCCAGUUUAUUAACGUGGGUGAGAAGGGACAGCGAUACCUGGCAGACAUCUUCACCACUUGCGUGGACAUCCGCUGGAGGUGGAUGCUGGUUAUCUUCUGCCUGACAUUUAUCCUCUCCUGGCUUUUUUUUGGCUGUGUGUUUUGGUUGAUUGCGCUGUUGCACGGGGAUCUGGAGAACCAAGAGAAUAACAAACCGUGUGUCUCGCAAGUGAGCAGCUUCACUGCAGCCUUUCUGUUCUCCAUUGAGACCCAGACCACGAUCGGCUAUGGCUUCAGGUGCGUCACAGACGAGUGCCCCAUUGCCGUUUUCAUGGUGGUUUUCCAGUCUAUAGUAGGCUGCAUCAUUGACGCCUUCAUCAUUGGUGCCGUCAUGGCAAAGAUGGCUAAGCCAAAAAAGAGAAACGAAACUCUUGUCUUCAGCCACAAUGCCGUAGUGGCCAUGAGAGAUGGGAAACUGUGCCUGAUGUGGCGUGUUGGAAACCUGAGGAAAAGCCACUUGGUUGAGGCACACGUGCGAGCACAGCUCCUCAAGUCCAGGAUCACGUCAGAAGGGGAGUACAUCCCUUUGGAUCAAAUAGACAUCAAUGUAGGGUUUGACAGUGGGAUAGACCGCAUAUUCCUGGUCUCCCCAAUUACAAUAGUACACGAAAUAGAUGAAGACAGUCCUUUGUAUGACUUGAGCAAACAAGACAUGGACAAUGCUGACUUUGAAAUUGUAGUCAUUUUAGAGGGCAUGGUGGAAGCCACUGCCAUGACUACCCAGUGCCGCAGCUCAUAUCUGGCAAAUGAAAUCCUCUGGGGCCACCGCUAUGAGCCCGUACUCUUUGAAGAAAAAAACUACUACAAAGUGGACUAUUCGAGGUUCCACAAAACAUACGAAGUGCCCAACACACCCAUCUGCAGUGCCAGAGACUUAGCAGAAAAGAAAUACAUUCUCUCGAACGCAAACUCCUUUUGCUACGAGAACGAAGUGGCCCUCACCAGCAAGGAGGAGGACGAGAUCGACACGGGGGUACCCGAAAGCACGAGCACAGACACCCACCCCAACAUGGACCACCACAACCAGGCAGGAGUGCCCUUAGAGCCACGGCCGCUGCGGCGUGAAUCGGAAAUAUGACUGGCGAACAAUUCCUCUCUCUUUUGGUUGAAAGGAAAAAAUAAAUAAAUAAAUAAAUACCUAUCGGUCAAAGGCACGUUGACCUGAGAAGUUGGCCCAGAACAGUUUUCAGACAACGGUACUGUUGAAGAGCGGCGUGAAGGCAAGCAGACCUGAGAAACCCCGGCUGGUUUGAGGGCUGUCCUCAGAGGAGGGACAACAGAGAAUGAACUCUAAACACAAAGCACUAAACAUGUCUAAGUAUGAACAGAAGGCACAUAUGUUGUAGAAUAAAUUAUGUAUAUAUUUUUUUACAAAACUUGAACUUGCAGGCAAGCUUUGGUUGGGUUAUUAUUAUUUUUUUUUUUUUUUUCAACUUUUUCCAGAAUGCUUCUCUCUAGGGAACAAGAAUGUUUUUAAUGGCAUAACAAAGGCAAGAAUCUGCCUUAUUAUUAUUAUUAUAAUUAUUUUUUAAAAAGCUGCUGCUAACUACAUGAACACAAAUGGUUAUUUUUGUUGCAGUGUAGUUUUUAUUUUCUCUUGUGUAAUUUAAAAAAAAAAAAAAAAAAAAAGGAAAA